CCAACUGCUCAUUCGCAUUUCAUUAUCUUCGCUAUAUCCUGCAAAACAGCCAUCUUCUGGAACUUUCGCUCGAUAUUCCUUUUCAGGGCGUAUUCCUCGUUGAACAGCCUAGAAACAAUCAUCGACGGUACGAGCUUCCAAGAGGGCGUUCUCAUCCUUUACCUCAGCAACCACUCGAGGGAUCAAGGCCAGAAAUUGAUAAGCAUCCGAUAUUCCACAAUGGAAGGCCAUCUCACUCGAAUGGGCUAUUCGUAUGCAGGAUAUAUCCAACGUCAAGCGAAGCGCUAUCCGAUUAUGAUGUACACGUUGGUUCAAUGUGUUCCAUGUCAACGAGCCAAACAUCUUCUCGCUGUGAACUACGCGGAUAGCUUGUCGGCGACGAAGACUGGCAACGGCAACUGCAAGUCGAUCUUCAUCGAAUGA